UAUAGUUUUUAUGUAUGUAAUUAUUUGGAAAUGUACAGACUUGUAUAAAUAGAGCUAGAAAAAGAAAAAAAUAUAUAUAUAUAUUCACAUAUACUACACACACAUUCCAUGUACUUGUGUGUGUAUAAUUAUAUAUAAUUAUUACAUAAUGCAAUUUUGCACAUGACUCACAGACUAAGUAUAAUUUAGGGAGACCUGCUCACUGCCUUUGCAUAUUCUCUCCUGUCAGUCUGCCCGUUUUUAGCUGAUUUGGCCAGCACAGCCUUUGUGUUAUGGCAGCUCAAUGCUGCCCUCUAGUGGACCAUGCAGAGCUAUAGUCUUAGUACUGUUGCCAGUCCUAUACUCCUCGUUAAUAUUUUUCUUAAAUAGAAUUUAACUGUCAGGAGGUGAGUGCCGAGGCACAAAUACUGCUUCACACGUCGUAUUUUAUCAAUUCCAUUGUAAUUAGUCAAAUCAUAAGGCCGUGGUUUUUUACGUAAUUGAUUUGUGACCUAAUUCCUGCACUGAGCAGAUAUAACUUCUAUUCUGUACACUCUCAAAAUGCAUAUAUGCCUAGAUGAAAUACAACACAAAUCAGUGGUUCCCUUAAAAGUCUGAUUCGUAUUUUCAUCAUUUUAGAACAGAAGCCAUUGUACCCAAACAUGACACUGUACGCCUCGCCAUGGACAGAAGAUGAGGAAACAGUGAAUUUGCUCUGUGUCUUGAAUGGGAUCCGAUCCAACAAAGUCAUUGUGAAAUGGGAGGCGAUCACCGGCACCACCAGUGAAAAUGUUCGUAGUCAUCAUGAAAUCAUGGUAUCAAAAAAUGGAGAUGAAAAAGGCACAAAACUCAUCAGCCAGGUGACGCUGGAAAUGAAGAAGUGGAGCAGCGGCAUCAGCUACAAAUGCCAGGCUACGGACAAGUCAUUAAGCAAUUCCAGAAACAUUAGCUUUUGCUCCGCUUAUCCCAGUUCUUCAUCUUCCAUGUAUUUGGAGAAACUCACUCUAGAGAGAGAAAAUCAGACACACAUGGCUGCUGACUGUACCGCUGUUGGACCUUACGGUACCACUUUAUCAUUACUUGUGGAUGGUGCUUUGAAAUCUACCACGGAAGUUCCAGCUGGCAGUGGACCUAAAAAAAUUACCUGCAACCUUUCUUAUCGCACUGAAAAAUGGCGGGAAAGUGAAAAGAUUACUUGCAAAGCCAAACAUCAAUGUUAUAAUCCCUUAGAGAAGACUAUAAACAUACCUCGUUCAACUGUGCCUACAGUGAAGCUCUUCCUGGUUCCCAAAGAACCAGAUGCAGGGGACAUGACUCUGCUGUGCCUGGGCACUGGGGUGAACCCUCAGAUCAAGUGGCUAAAAGGAUCUGUGGUAAAAGAAUCUUCGGUCACGACGAUGCAUAAUGACGGACAGCUGACCGUUAGCAGUGAGAUGAAUGUUCAGAAAGAUGAAUGGAAUAAAGGGGAAAUCUUCACCUGUCAGGUCGAAGACCAGCUUGCUAGGGUUGCUGUUCAGCAGAAUAUUAGUAAAUGCACAGAGUCCCCACCAUCUUCUCAGACUGCCACCAUGUUCAUUGUGGGACCUUCACUGACAGAAAAGCUGGGUUCAGGAGACCUUCAAGUCACCUGCCAUGUGCAAGCCUGCGGGGCUGAGGCCUUUUCCAUUACCUGGAAAAUGAAUGGCAAUAUCUACUCUAGGCAGACAACAAAGCAAGACAAUGGCAACGGCACCCAAACUCUCACUAGUGCGCUGAUUGUGAAGCGGCAGAACUGGGAGAAAAAGCCCAACAUUUCCUGCCAUGUCAAGCACACCUGCUCCUCCAGCAUACGGGAGUUGCAACUUGAACAAACCAAAGAUCCCAAACAGCCCACUCUUCAGAUCAUCAGACCAUCUAAAGGCACACUUGACAAACAGCGCAUCACCACCCUGCUCUGUCUAAUACUGGACUUCUUCCCUGCCGACAUUGACGUGUACUGGGAGUUGGAUGGGUUGAAGCUGUCUGAAUCCCAGUACUCCAACAGCGCUGUUUUCGGGGUUGCUGGCAGGGGAGAUGAUGGUGGCUACUCAAUGCACAGCAAGCUGCAUAUCCCACAGUCAGACAGGAAUGAUGGCCACUACUCCUGUGUGGUCAAACACGAGUCGUCUAAGGAGCCAAUCAAGCACACUAUUAGCAACAAGAAUGACCUCAACACCCUUGAAGCAAUAAAUGAAGAAGAUGAAAAUAUUAAUAACAUCUCAAAUGAUACAGCACAAGAGGAUAAUCUGACAGAAAUCUGGAACACUGCACUGACCUUCAUCAUCCUCUUCCUCGUCUCUGUGGUCUACAGCAUCUGUGUCACUUUUGUAAAGGUGAAAUGAUGCCACUACAGUUACGAACGGUGCUGUAUUAAAAAUCCCAGUGACAAGAAUUUGCAACAUAACAUGAUGUGAUCAGAGCUCAUAUUCAUAGUAGAAUGCUAUUUUACAGUUUGUUUAGAAAUACAAGUAGUUUUUUAUGUUACAUUUUUGUUUCAUUUUACUUAUGCUGAAGGAUUUUCUAUCACAGUUUCUCAAGUAUGGUGUCUUCAGACCAUAAUAAUUAUUGUGAUGUUACAAGUAAUAUCAUCACAGUAUUGUUUGACUAAUUCUAUUCUUUAAAUUGAUUUGUUUAGCUGAUAUAAAUUUGUGCACUUCUUUCAUGGAGGUUUAGCUACUCCACUGUUUGAGAUAAAACAAAUAAAACAAUAUAUAAAACAAAAUAAAAGAAGCUGUUUCACAGACA